AUGGCAGGCGAUGCCUUCGCCACAGAGGCCUUCACCCUCCUCGCCCUCGCUAUCGUCAUCAUCGUCCUCCGCACCGGCGCCCGCCUCUUCACCGCCGGUGUCCGCAAUCUCCAACUCGACGACUAUCUCAUGCCGCUCGCGGGUGUAGUGUAUGGCCUCGAAACCGGCGCCGCAUACUGCGUCGGCGCAUGGUGGAUGGGCCUGGCCAAUAACUCCAUGACCGACGAGCAGCGCAAGAACCUCGACCCCGCUUCGAAAGAGUAUCAGUUGCGCGUGGGGGGUAGCAAGACGCAAGUUAUCGGGUGGUCAUUGUACACGACGUUGCUGUGGUUGUUGAAGGGGUGUAUGGCGGUGUUUUAUUCGAGAUUGACGGCUGGAUUGCAGAAUCUCACACUGCGAGUGCGCAUCGCACAUGCGUUGAUCGGGGCGACUUAUAUUGCGGUUAUUUGCUCCAUUCUGUUUGGUUGUCAUCCGAUGCAGAAGAAUUGGCAGAUUUAUCCUGAUCCAGGCAAUUACUGCCAACCCGCCGUCUCCCACAUCGACGUCUACGUGACCGUCACCCUCAACGUCGCAACAGAUCUCUACCUCAUUACCAUUCCCACUCCAAUGCUCUGGAAAGCCCGCCUCCCCUGGCGCGAAAAAAUCGAACUCCUCGUCCUCUUCUCCGGCGGCCUCUUCGUCAUGAUGGCCGGCAUCCUCCGCUGCGUGCUGAUCGUCACAGCCGGCGCAAACGGCGCCCAACAAGCCGGCAGCUGGGCCUGUCGCGAGACCUUCGUCGCCGUCGUCAUCGGCAACAUCCCCAUGAUCUACCCCGUGUGUCGGCGCGCCGCCCGUCGCGCAGGCAUCUACAUCAGCUCCCGCGGCGGCACGACAGAAGUCUACCACGUCUACCCACUCUCCGAGGACCAGCAGCCCAACACGGACAACAGUAACGGGCGGCGACGCAAAUUCCGACACCCGCUGAGCAUCCCCGGCGAUACGCAGUGGAAUACGAUUAGCGGGGAUGAGCAGAUGAUUCUGCCGACGUCGCGACAGCACCCGCCGACGUGUACGGCGGAUCCGGAGCGAGAUUGGGAGACGAAUAGUACGUUGAGUCAGGAGGGGAUUAAGGUCGUCAUGGAGACGAUUGUGAGGAGUGAUAUGAAGGAGAGAAAGUAG